CAGUAUAUGCCAUUGGGUAUACAAGGAAAGAUUUUGAUAGCUCUACACACCUCAUCUCUCAUUUCUGAUAAAAAAAAUUCAAAGCACAUGUGUUGCCAAUGGUAGAAUUAAAUGUUCUAUUAUUUUUUAAAAGUCUCUUUUAUAGUUGGACACAGAAGGAAAAAUACAGUGAUGCAGAAAUUAAAACCUUGGUGAACUAUAUUCAGUUUUGGCUAUUCUGGUUAAAAACAAACAAAGCAAGCAUUGAAUUUUAGCCUCUUUGAUCCCGAUGGUUUUAGUUUUCCACCGUUGGACAUAUUAAAACUUUGAAGACAUAGAAGUACUAUUCAGUCAACUGCUUCUUUCAGCAACUUCUGUGAUGUCCUGGCACACUGGAGGCCUUCAGUUUCCUUUCAGGCAGGAGCAGUUAACUCUGAAUUAGUCCCUCUCUGUGUGAAGUCAGGAGCUUUAUAUUUCAUACCAGGGGGCAGAGAAGAAUUCUUUUUAAUGAUUUGAUCUUUUAAAAAUACUUGACUUUUCAUUUGGUUUAGCUUCUGAGAAUCAAAGGUUCUAAUAACAAAAUGGUGCACUUGGCCAACAAGUCUAUAGAAAGAGAAAUGUGCGUGCGCCGGUUUUAGGGUAUUUUGUAGAGGGUGGUUCCUGUCAGAGGAACUCAAGCUAUAUGGACGGUCAUGCUCAUUUUCCUCUCCGCUUUUUCUGGAAUCUGGCUGAAAACCAGGACCUGUGGCACAUUCCCCAAAUUGGAGGCCUCGCUGAGGACUCAGGAGGAAAACGGAACUCUUUCUCUUUUCUAUUUUUGGUUAUCCUUAUCGGUCGUGUUGUAAAACAGAACCAUAAUUUAUUUUGCUUCAAGCUCAAGGAAAAAGAGUCAUCUUGAACUUCCCAUUCGUUUUCAGGAACCAGAACAGGAUCUAUUUGGGCUGCCUGACCUUGCUGAGUGAUUGCUAUUAAUUAACAAGACUUUGUGGGAAAAGGGAACUUGCCUUUUGAGCUUUGUACCAAAGACCUGGGAAAACACAGCUAACCCUCUCAGUCUUUCCUGAGUACGUGGAGACUGCUGAGGCCCCUGCUGAGGCCCCUGCUGAUGUGCUGACUUGGUCGCUAUGGGCAGACGGUACCCGGAGGCUCACUGUGGUGCAAGCAGCUCAUCUGACUCGGGUGCGGACACUUUGGCGGUGUUUAUGGCCAGCAGCGGAACCACAGAUGUCACGAAUCGCAACAGCCCGGUCACACCGCCGAACACCCUCAAUCUCCGUUCCUCCCACAAUGAACUGCUGAACGCCGAAAUCAAACACACAGAAGCCAAGAACAGCACCCCUCCCAAAUGCAGGAAAAAAUAUGCACUAACUAACAUCCAGGCAGCAAUGGGCCUCUCGGAUCCAGCUGCGCAGCCCCUGCUGGGAAACGGCUCCGCCAACAUCAAGCUGGUGAAAAAUGGGGAGAACCAGCUCCGCAAGGCUGCGGAGCAGGGACAGCAGGACCCCAACAAGAACGCCAGCCCCACCGCAGGCAUCAACAUAACUUCUGAGAAGUUAGAAGGUAAAGAGCCCCGCCCACAGGACUCCCCAGGCUGUGAAAUUUUACCCCCCCAACCCAGGAGAACCAAGAGCUUCCUAAAUUACUAUGCAGACCUGGAAACCUCAGCCAGGGAACUGGAGCAAGACCUGGGCAGCCAGCAUGGGCUUGUGGAAGAGAAGUCCCAGCCCGGCCAGGGCCAGGCCUCCACCAUCAUUGGGAAUGGUGAUUUGCUGCUGCAGAAACCAAGCAAACCCCAGUUCAGCCCCGAAGACGGCCCAGUAGCCACAGUGUCAUCCAGCCCGGAAACCAAGAAGGAUCAUCCUAAAACGGGGGCCAAAACAGACUGUGCCCUGCACCGGAUCCAGAACCUGGCACCCAGCGAUGAGGAGUCCAGCUGGACCACACUGUCCCAUGACAGUGCCUCACCCAGCUCCCCGGAUGAAACAGCAGAUAUAUGGAGUGAUCACUCAUUUCAGACCGACCCAGAUUUGCCUCCUGGCUGGAAAAAAAUCAAUGACAUCGCUGGGACCUAUUAUUGGCACAUACCAACAGGAACGACUCAGUGGGAACGCCCUGUCUCCAUCCCAGAAGAUCUCCAGGGAUCUAGGAAAGGGUCGCUUAGUUCCGUAACGCCAUCUCCCACCCCCGAGAAUGAGAAACAGCCAUGGAGUGAUUUUGCUGUUCUGAAUGGGGGAAAGAUUAAUAGUGACAUUUGGAAGGAUCUGCACGCAGCCACAGUUAACCCAGACCCCAGUCUCAAAGAGUUUGAAGGAGCAACGCUACGCUAUGCAUCUUUGAAGCUCAGAAAUGCCCCCCAUGCUGAUGAUGACGAUUCUUGUAGCAUCAACAGUGACCCAGAAGCCAAGUGUUUUGCUGUGCGCUCUCUGGGAUGGGUAGAAAUGGCAGAGGAGGACCUCGCCCCUGGGAAGAGCAGUGUUGCUGUCAACAAUUGCAUCCGACAGCUUUCUUACUGCAAAAAUGACAUCCGGGACACAGUCGGCAUUUGGGGAGAGGGGAAGGACAUGUACCUGAUUCUGGAGAACGACACGCUCAGCCUGGUGGACCCCAUGGACCGCACCGUGCUCCACUCCCAGCCCAUCGUGAGCAUCCGCGUGUGGGGCGUGGGCCGCGACAAUGGCCGAGAUUUUGCUUAUGUAGCAAGAGACAAAGAUACAAGAAUUUUGAAAUGUCAUGUAUUUCGAUGUGACACACCAGCCAAAGCCAUCGCCACAAGUCUCCACGAGAUCUGUUCCAAGAUUAUGGCUGAACGGAAGAAUGCCAAAGCCCUGGCCUGCAGCUCCUUACAGGAAAGAACCAAUGUGAACCUCGACGUUCCCUUACAGGUAGAUUUUCCAACACCAAAGACUGAGCUGGUGCAGAAGUUCCACGUGCAGUACUUGGGCAUGUUACCUGUAGACAAGCCAGUCGGAAUGGAUACCCUGAACAAUGCCAUAGAAUGUCUAAUGACCUCGUCCAACCAGGAGGAUUGGCCAUCAGUGAACAUGAAUGUGGCUGAUGCUACUGUGACUGUCAUCAGUGAAAAGGGAGAGCGGGCUGCUGAGCAGUGUGUCUUGCAGAAUGAAGAGGAGAUCUUAGUGGAGUGUCGCGUGCGAUUCCUGUCCUUCAUGGGCGUCGGGAAGGAUAUCCACACGUUUGCCUUCAUCAUGGACACUGGGAACCAGCGCUUCGAGUGCCACGUUUUCUGGUGUGAGCCUAACGCCGGUAACGUGUCUGAGGCGGUGCAGGCCGCCUGCAUGCUGCGAUACCAGAAGUGCUUGGUAGCCAGGCCGCCUUCGCAGAAAGUUCGACCGCCGCCUCCGCCAGCAGACUCGGUGACCAGAAGAGUCACAACCAAUGUAAAACGCGGGGUCUUAUCCCUCAUUGACACUUUGAAACAGAAGCGCCCUGUCACGGACACGCCGUAGCGCGUGUGCCGGAGGGAUCUGUAACCGUCGCUGAAGGUGGGCAGCUGCCCGCAGAGUGACUGUCGCCCGGCCUUCCAGUCAGUGCUGAUGCCUUGUCUUCAGAGAACUUACCCUUCGCCAAACAGUGUUAGACAAGCAUGUUCUCUCGUCUUGCCACCAUCAUGUGAUAUGAAAAGAAGCAUGACUACUUUUUUUGCCGUAAGUUACAUCAUGAGCGGUGGAAGGUCUCCCUCACUGUAAAUAUCGUGACCGUCACUUACUCACACACACGCAGGUGGCCUCGGCCUCGGAGGGGAUGGCGCCGCCCGGGUCAGGUCGCCGGCUUCUCGACUGGAUCUGUCACAGGCGGCGUUCAAGUCCGACAGCGCUUUGCCCUGUUUUCGACGUCGGAGGAGACGCUGCACACCAGAUCCCAUUGAGAUGCUGUAAAAACGGGGUGACGAGUCCUUGUUUGAGUUCAGUUCGUAAAAUUGAACCUUUUGGUUGACAAAAUUGGCUACUGGCAUCGGUAUGGAAACCAGCGGGCAGCUUUCCCUGGCGAGCUCUUUGACACAAGGACACAUUUCAUGUCUUCAGCUGUUUGCGGGGUGUUGGGGAAAAAAAUGAAACUUCAAAAUUGGAAACAAACCAAAUUUCAGAAAUUAAAAUCCAACAGAAAUCACCUUUCUUUUCAGAUGGUGUUCACACUGAUUAAGAAAAAGCAAGAGGUUAACAAAAUCAUCAUGCAUUUCGGGUGGGACACGUGCAGACGUCUGCCUUACACUGUACAGCGCGGCUAGGGAAUUAGUCACUGCGGCCAUUCUCGGCAUAAACAACAUUCAGAUGACGUGUUCCUCGCCCGCCUUCCAUCCUUAGUCUGGUAAUCAGCCAAUAUGCAAUUUGGAGUUAAGGAAAUGCCAUUUAUAUUUUAUAUCGUCACCACCACGUUCUUUUGCUAGACCUCCUCCUAAGUAAACGUCUGCUAGGAUUCCACGUCUAGCUCAGUCUUACCCUAAAUGCUUUUUGCAAAAAGGUGUCCGUCCAUCAUGUAUUUUCCAUGGCAACAAAUUACAUUAAAUUGGACCUUUCUUGAACUUCUGUACUUACCGUUAGAAUUUGUCCGACUCCACUAGCUAUAUUUUUAAAUUUAUAUUUUUUCCGUUAUAUUUUCAAGAUUUAAAAAUUUCAUAUCAGAGCAGAAUGUACGUAAGGACAAUGCGCUAUUUAACAAGUUUCCCAAAACUAGUGGUUUCCUGCUCUCUCUAUAGAUAUGAAACUUAGCUGUAAGACACAGGUUUAGACCCUUGAUAACACUGUUUCAAAAGGAAUUUGCUAAGGAGAUCAGUCCAAACAUUCAUCAUGUUUACUUUUUAAUGUCAAAAUCAACAUUUUACAACAUCCAGUGAUAAAAGGAACUGCUUUCUGUGUAUCCUCUGCUGUGUGCCUGUCAGUUGGUUUCCACAUUCUUAUCAACAUUUGAGCCUUAUAAGGUAGUGAAGGUACUGUAAGGUCCUAAACACAUUUGAGAAAUACAAACAUGAAGUACCGAGAGGCUCAGUCACCUGGCCUGAGGUCUGAUAAAAGUUAGAGAGAAAAACCAGGAUUAGGACCCACACUAAGAGAUCAUGAUUCUCUUUCAUCUUGAGCUCCACAGUGAGAUGUUGUAUGAUAAAUAAAAAAUUCUGAACGAAUCCACUUUCGUACUGGAAAUCUCUCCCAGAACCCCCUGUUCAGUUUUAAGACAUAUGUUUGUUUUCAGGAUCAAGCGUACUGAGCUAGCUUUAAGUAGCAAACUGAUUUAUAUAUGCAAUUAUAAGAUACAUUAAGAUGAAUGACAACAGCCUUUACAUAUUGAAAACUUUACUGCGGAUACUCUGUUUUGAAGAUACUAAAUGCGGUUAACUUUGUAAAGUUACUUAUGUUAAACACUAUAUUCAGACACUUUUCUGCCAUGGCCAAAAAGUAUGUACGAAUGUGUGUGUUUUGCAAGGAUGCCGGCGUUCGACCUGAUGUUGUAGCGACACCUCCGUUAUCUAUGCAUUCUUUAUAUCUGUGAUUCUGCAAACAGGCAGCCAUGUUCACUAUGCCUUGUAUGUCUUACCAUUUUUUUAAUUAACCUGUUAAAUACAGCUUAAAAUAUUUUUAUUUAUUCUAUUUUUACUGAAAUAUACUGCAUUAUUGUGUUAAUGUAUUAUCUUUACUGGAUAUCCUCUCACAGUGUAUCCAGGUCUGAGUAAUCUCAAUGAACUUAUACGUUGCCUAAAAGGUGGUUUUGUAAUGAUUUGUAGUCACAUUUUUAUUGGAAUAUGUAGAAGAAAAGGCAAAAUGCUUAAAGUUCCUUUUAUUUUUUAAAAGCAGCUAGAUAGACACAGACUUUUGCCACCUCAUACACGUGCUCCUCGGCAGCAUCAAGGGGAAUGGCCAACAUGCCUAUGGCUCAAAGUUUUACUUUGCAAACUCAAGCACUGCUUGGUGCUGCAUUUUUAUACCCUUCACAACAUGUGUGAUCUCCUGAAAGACAGACACAUGUCCAUGCGCCCUUUGUUUCCACCCAUAGCAAAUUACAACCAUUGUUUUUUGUUUGUGUCUUAUUGCAUGAAGGGACAUUAGACUCAUUUCCAUUAAAAUAAGUUCUUGGUGACAACCUGUCGGCACUGCUACUUUUUUAAAAAAUCCACUCUGUGAUUUUAUGAUGGACAUUGGUAAGGUGAUUCUACAACAGGUCAUUUACUAGAGUCCUAAGUCUGCCCUUUUCUUGUAUGACACACUCAUGUCCAUAAGCAUCGCAACACAAAUUCAGGGUUUCACAGACAAGAAAAACAUUUCCCUGGUAUUAGCACAAGUUAACUAGUAAAACCGUUCGCUCUCUAGUUUGCCAGGCUUACCCUAAUACCCAGCUAACAGGUGUGUUACAUAGCCAGUAAUAUGACGUUUAUUUCAGCUUCAGGGAAAAGAUACCGCUCACACUGUAUCAACGAGAGAACUCCCUGCCACCCAGAGCAGCUUGGUUAUCCUGAAAGAACAUUUGGUUUUGCUUUCUGCCCACUUUGCUGUUGACCACAUUUACACAGUUAAAUGUAAUAUGUUGUGAGAAUAAACUUAGCUGCAUAAA